AUGGUCAUAAGAAUAGACGAAGUCGAUCAGGAAGUCCGAAACGCAAGAUCUGACAUCCAGAAAAUCAGCUACCAAACCCUUCUUCUGGAACUUCGUCAACGCGACCACCAAUUCGAUGAGUUCAAGGAUGAGGUCAUCUCCAAGCUGAAUGCCAUGGAGCAGAAAAUCGAGAUCCUGCCGGAGAUCCUCUCGACGUUGAAGGCCAUCCAAGAUCGUAUGGGUAGAGAAGCCUCACCGGAGAAAUUGAAGGAUGAGGACUUUUUCAAAAUCGAAGAUAGUCCAGAGUACGAGCCGCAGUUCACAGCACCGUCUCAAGUUGCAGCAGACGUUAAUCCCAAGGACGACAAGUCAAUUCGUGAAGCGAUACGUGCUAAUCAGAAAGAACUAACAAAAGUGGAACAUGCGAUCUUCUCAAUCAGGCAUAAAAUUGAAGAGGAACAGAAGACAAGUGUGGCUUCACCUGAAAGGAGAACAAAGAUCGAUGCGCUCAAGAGGGAGAAGUACAAGCUCAUUGACGAAGAGAUGAAAUUGAAGCAGAAGGUGAGAGAUCUAAAGCUGAUGCUGGCGGAAUGGACCAAGGCGCUACCGCGAAGUAGCCGCGGAUCGCCUCGACGAAGUCGCAUGGGUACGCCACCUCGAAGUAGCCGCGGAUCGCCUCGACGAAGUCGCAUGAGUACGCCAUCUCGAAGCAGUCGCGGAUCGCCUCGACGAAGUCGCAUGAGUACGCCACCUCGAAGCAGCCGCGGAUCGCCUCGACGAAGUCGCACGGAUACGACGCGUCGAAGCAGCAACGAGUCACCUCGAAGAAGUCGUAAGGAAACUCCACGUCAAAGCAGUCAUGGCUCGCCGCCCAAGCACAAUUAG